AUGAUUUGCUAUACUGUUUCUCUUGUCACUUGGCUCGGUUUUUCUGCCUUCGCAGACGGCCUCGUUGAAGCUGCAUGUGACAAAUACGGUCAGAGCACCGGAUCACAGCUCAGUUUGAAUGCUGACGAUGCUGGAUGGCCUACUCCUGCAGACGGCACCGUUCAACGUUGCAUCGGCGGUUCUGACUGGUCUGAUCACACCGAGAACCCUGGGUCACCUUACCCCUAUUCAGCUGAAACCUCAUUCGAACUUCCCGUCAAUGCCGACCUCCUCUACUUCAUAGCUCGCGGCUCCAACAAUAUUGGCAAAGUAAACAUCGUGGACUCGACCGUCGUCAAAGAUACCGCCGAUGUCCUUGUCCAGGUGGACUACAAAACCCAGGAAGCUUUGGAUCGUGCCAAUGUCUGCUUGCUGAAGAAGGAGGAGGAAAAUGGCGAAGGUGCUGGUAUUUUCACUCCCGAUAGUUGGAACCCCAAUCCGAAGGAACCUCUGCGUUUCACAGUCACAGUAACGCUUCCCGCCACGUCCGACGGCCAGCCUCUGAGGAUCAAGAAUUUCGAAAGCACUUCUUCUGACUACGCCCAUACAAUUGGAGACAUCGCAGGUUCCGUUUAUUUCAGCGCCCUCAAAAUUCAGUCUGGUGCAGGCAUUACCUCAGGCUCUAUUUUUGCAGGUGUCGGCACUUUCAAUGACGCUAAGGCUUCUAUCAAGGGCGCAUUCGAUGUCUCCGAAUCGCUCGAGCUCACUACCGGAAAUGCAGAAAUCAGCGCUCAAGUGGGCCUUCGGAACGACGUGGCUUCGUUUCUUACCGGAGCUCCUGCAAAGACUGGCCACAGUGCGACCCACUCGACCUGCUCCGACGAAGCUACUGGCGGCAACUUCAAAGUAUCUGCUAUUGCCAACAAGGGACCCAUCACCAUUGUCUACACGAGCUCGCCCGUCGACUCUAUUCAAAGUCUUGUAGCAUCUACCGUGAAUGCGCCCGUGAAAGUGACGCUGAACAAUGCGUACGAGGGCGCUUUCACUAUCGACUCAUCUUCUGCUCCUGUCAGCGUCAAGAAAGGUAGUACCUCAGACCCUUCGGGGCAAGGCAGAACACGUGUUUUGAACCAGACCCCUGGGGGCAUGGGCCAUGCAAAAGGUUCAGUGUAUUGGCAGCCCAAUAGCGGACCGGGAGUUUCCCAAGGCAGUGUGCAAAUCACCACGACUAGGGCACCCAUCACGCUUGUCGUUUGA